AUGGCAGAGAGCGGGUCACCUGCGGAGCACACGCCCACCGGUGCCGCCCGCCUGUCACAGCAGCUCGGAGCCUUGGAGACGCAGGACCGCACCGUCGAGGGAAGCACAACCUGUGCCACAGACGUGAGCCACGCGUGCCGUUUUAACACUGCCAGCGGCCCUGACGAACGAGCAAAAGGCACGUCGGAUGCCCUGGGCAGCACUCUGAGAGCCCCUCACGCAAAACGAGAGGCGGGCGGAGGUACAGUGGGCUUCCGUGGAGACCCCGAGAGCCGCAAAGGAGUUGCCUCAGAGGUUUGUGUAGAUGCGGCCGGCAGCACAUCCGAUGAGUGGGAGGCUGUUAAUCACCCUCCCAGCAAAAGAAGAAAAGAGGACGCUACCCUGCGUGGGGUCGCUGACACGUUCUCUGCAGACCCCGAGCAGAGAAAAAGGAAGAAAAGGAGUAAGAGAAAGAGACAGAAGGGUUCCGCUUCCAUGGAGCUGGACUCCUUGGCAGAGGACUCCUCGUGCCCUUGUAGUGUCAGCUCGCCAGCGAACCCCGGGUUCCAGGACACAGCCCCACCCCAAAGCCAAGAUCUGCAAGGUGGUGCGACCAGCCAGCCUCGCCAGCCCCCGGGCGCCGACCCGACCCCCCUGGAGGGCGGUGGCCACCAAGCGCCCGUGGGGCACGCCGAGGCCGGCGGCAGCCCUCUGCACGACCAGACUCCGGGAGGGGCUGUCCCGAAUGGGAAGGAGCACGACACCCCCAAGCCUUCCAAGGCCAGCGGCCUCCCCCAGGAGGGGGCUGGCCCGACCGCUUCUGCCAGUAAAGACCAUCCCGGGAAGGACGGUGCUGCUUGGGAGCACCCGAUGCCUGACUCAGAGCCGGGCUCGGAACCCCCGCACACCAUGCGCUCCUGUGAGACCGGGCACCGGGCCGCAGAGAAGGAGAAAUUCCCUUCUACUACCAUUGGAAGAGAGCGUUCCGUCACGCUGAUCAAACCCGUGCUUCCCAACUCGGGCUUCUUCGAUGUGGAGCAGGGGCCGGGGGAGCAACGGCCGUACCCCUGCGCCCGGCCAGGACUCACCUCCCGAGCCCAGGAGUUCAGGCCUCACGUGCAGACAGCGGUUGACGAACUCGCCCUCCUUCUGCUGACGUUUGUAGAUGAACUCGUACUCCACCUGGCCCUUGCCUCGCAUGAUGACGUACUUCAGCCGGAUUCAGCUGAAGGCCCAGGAAAGGAGACCGGGAAGAAGAACUCCGUGAAAACAGUCUUCCAGGGGACGGUCGCCAAGACCAGAGCUUGGCUUCAGAGCAUUUUUCAGGAGAGCAUGUUCUUCAGCUACUGGUCGCAGGUCACGUUCAGAUACCGGGAGGAAAUCAAGGUCUGGAGGCGGCUGGUGGAAAUAAACUUCCCCGUGGAGUAUGGCUGGGAGGAGUCGUUGAUGGGGGACCUGGAAGGAAGAAUCAAACAGGAGCUUGCUUCUCCCUGGGUGGCGGGGGCCACCUCGGUGCCCUCGAUUACAGAGCGCUCCUGCAAGGUCUUCUCCACGGCUCUGCGCAUGGAGCUUGCGGGGAACGGAAGGGGUCAUCAGACCCCCCAGGGCAAGCCACUGGCCAUCCUCAGGUCGCUGUGGGCUCUCUGUUCCCUUCCCAGGUGGCGGGUAUUCCUGGUCAACCUUUGCCGACAGUGCAUAGAGAAGGCGGUCGACCUCUGGGUGCUCACCCUGCCUGUCCUGCACCACUGCGUGGCACCAACCCCUCAAGGAAAGGACUCCAGGAUACAGCCUGAAGACACCUGGGCGGCCCUGGAAGGAAUCCCCUUCUCGGAGUUCCGGGAAAAAAAGGCAGAUCGGAGUCACUUAGUUCAGCUCAUGGGAAAGGAAAGGCAUUUGCUGAACGUAGAUGAGUUUCUCUUCCGGUCCUGGUUCAGUCUGCUGCCCCUGCGCAACCUCGUUCACUAUAUGGAGAACUUCAUGGACCAUCUGAGCGUCUUCCCCACUUGCGUCCUGGACUGCCUUCUGGGGACGUGGUACCGGCUUCAAAGGCUUACAAAACUCUCCUUCAGCGACUUCGAGAACACCGAGAACACGUUUCAAAUGUUGCUCCACCUCCUGGACAUUUAUCAGGACAGGAUUCUUGAGGAGCCCUUGGUACAGUCCUACUUGACUGUGUGCCUGAAACUUCACGAAACUAUCUGCAGAAUCACAAAAGACCCAAAGUUUUAUGAGCUGCCUGCCUUAUCUGCCGAGAUUGUUCGCAGAAUUAUUAUACUUAAAUCUCUAGUGGAGAGGCCUCUCGUCCAGAUCUCUGCCUUCUGCAGCACCCACUGGGAUGCCAUGGGGUUAGAAGACAGCGUGUCAAGAUGCUUCGAGAAGUGUGUCAUUGAAGCAGUGAGCUUGGCCUGCCAGUCUCAGACCAGCAUUCUUGAGAGAAUCUCCCAUCACGACCUGCAGAAAUUUGGCAGUCUUGUGUCGGCCGUGAUCACCAAGUCCUGGCCAAGGAGCAACGGGCAAGCCGUGGAUGACAUGGAUGGGGUGUUAACGCACCUGCUCACGUGGCCGGACAUCAAGCAUCUCUUCAAGUUAUACGAAACCGAUGAGCAGGUGCUAGCCAACAUGACAGAGGACGGCAAGAAGCUGUUGGCCACCGCCGACUCCGUGUUCACGAAAGUUACCGAGGACCUCCUGGAUGGCACUGUCCUGGUUGGACACUUGGAGCUCAUCAUGAAGCACACCAAUCAGUUUCUCGACAUCUGUCAGUUAAAGAGAAAGUGCCUUUCACCCCAAGAGAAGAAGCAGAGUGUACAGGAAGUGUUGGCGUGGAGGAAGGAGGAGCUCAAGUUUCUGAAGCAAGAGAAGAAAUGCGUCCACAGUCUUCUGAAGCUGUGCGGGGAGGUGAAGCACCUGGUGAAAGUGGAUCUGGAAGAGGUGAUCAGAAAACAUGCAGAGGACCUCAACGGUAAACGUCUGAGCGACGCCGUGACCGUGAGGUUGUCGCCCGCCUCCCCGGAUGUAAAGAGGACGACACAUUACAGCCUGAGCCCCCAGGUCCAGGAGAUGGCCAGGAAGAUGGACUGGUUGAAGGACAGCCACCUCUUCCAGGUGUUCUGGGCGGAAGCCGCGAGGGCGCUGAGCGAGCCCGGGGAGGAGCUGGAAGGGCAGAUACUUCAGCCCGAAGAAGCGUAUAAGUAUCUGUACUGCCCUUGUUUCGAGAAGUAUCAGGAUCUGUAUGAGGAUCUGAAGUCAGGAGAGAUCACCUUUCAGGAGGUCAAUGUCAUGUUCAACGACUUUGUGAAUAAAUACAACAACCUCACUUUCGAGCUCCAGCUUAUGUGUGCCCUGGACAGCAGCGACCAAAGAGACUGGAUCGGUGACCGUGUUGGGCAGAUCAGAGAGUACCAUCACCUGCAUCAGGCCGUCAGCUCAGCCAAGGUCAUCCUGAAGGUCAAGGACAGUUUGGGCCUGACCGGUGACUUCCGUGUCCUGCACACGUUGUUGAACUUUACGGACAACUUCAGCCAGUUCCGCCACGAGAAGCUGGACCGGAUCAGCAAGCAGCUCAUCCAGGCCAAAAAGCUUCUGCAGGACAUCACUGAGCCCCGGUGCCAGUGUCUGAACGAGCUGUCCCUGAGGAAGGAGUUCAUUAGCUGGGUCCGGGAGGCUCUCGGAGGCGUCCACGAGCUGAAGGUGUUUGUGGACCUGGCCUCCAUCUCCGCGGGGGAGAACGACAUCGACGUGGACCGGGUGGCCUGCUUCCACGAUGCCGUGCAGGGCUACUCCCCGCUGCUGUACAAGCUGGACACGAGCGCGGGGUUCGACGAGUUCAUGACCCAUCUCGGGGAACUGUGGAGGGCCCUGAACAACGACGCAUACCUGCCCCAUAAGCUGUGUGACUCUGCCAGGAACUUAGAGUGGCUGAAAACGGUGAAGGAAAGUCACGGUUCAGUAGAGCUCACUUCCCUGUCUCUGGCAACGGCCAUCAAUGACAAAGGCUGCUAUAUCAUCAGGGCCCCCGCAGAUGGCCAAAAGAUCUCCCCAGACACGGUUCUACAGUUAUCCCUUCCCGAGAGCCACGGAGGCCGCGAGGAGACGCGAGACUUCUCUUUGGAGGAGCUCAAGGAGCUUUUGAACAAGCUGAUGCUGAUGUCUGGCAAGAAAGAUCACAGCAAUGUUCAAGUAGAGAUAUUUUCCAAGGUGUUCUGCAACGUGCAGAGGCUCGUGGAGUCCUUCAUAAACCUAUACACUGCCGGGAACAUGCUGUUCAGAAACUGGACGGCCCAGGUGCACUGCUCCCCUCGACACGGCGUCUCCAUCCAGAUGGACUUCCGCCUGGAGCCUGUGGUCCAGCUCAAGGGCAGCGGCUCGGUAGCAGAGCUCUUGGAGGCCGUCAGCAGGCAGCUGGAGCAGUUCCUGGACCGCUGGGAGGCCUUCGUGGCGGAGAAGCGGGCCAAGCACUUUUACCUCAACUACUACACCGCCGAGCAGCUGGUGUACCUGAGCACGGAGCUCAAGAAAGCGACGCCCAGCGACGCCGCCCUCACCAUGCUGUCCUUCAUCAAAGGCAACUGCACCCCGAAGGACGUCGCGAAGGCCCUCAGGGAGCCCCGCGGGGAGGCUGCCAGGCACGAGGAGAAGACGGUGAUCCAGGGGCUGCAGGUGAUGCUCCUGCGGGAGCUCAGCCUGGCGGGCAAGCUGAGGGCCGUCCUGGAGCAGUCGCUGGCGUGCAUGAGCGCCUUCCUGCCCCACUGCCUGGACCUGGAGGCCCUCGGCCGAUGCCUGGCCCUCCUGGGGUGGAUGCGCGGGUGCCCCGUGGAGCGCCAGCUGCCCAAGGGCCUGCACGUCGGCCGGCCCAACCUCAUCGUCUGCGGCCACUCCGAGGUCUUGCUGGCCGCGCUGGCCAUCUACAUGCACACCCCGCAGCAGCCCCUGCCCACCUUCGACGAGGUGCUGCUCUGCACCCCGGCAACCACCUUGGAGGAGGUGGCUCUGCUCCUGCGUCGCUGCUUGACCCCGGGCUCCCGGGGGCAGGGCGUCUACAGCCUGCUGUACGCAGACCUGCUGAGCUACGAGGUGGCCAGCCAGGCGGAGGCCCUCUUCCUGAGCCUGUGCUCACAGCCGCACCACGAGGACUUCCAGCUGGUGAUGGUGUGCGACAGCGAGCGGGAGCACUGUCACCUGCCCUCCGCCUUCAGCCAGCACAAGGUCCUGGUCACCCCCCAGGCGCCCCUGCAGGACAUCCAGGCCUACCUGGCGCAGCACUUCCAGGUCCCUGCGCACACGCCGUCGGCCGCCGACGUGUUCCGGGACCGGACGUGCGUGGGCAUCGUGGCGUCCAAGCGCGCGGGCGUCGGGAAGUCUCUCUAUGUGGAGAGAUUGCACAGCAAACUGAAGAUGAAGCUCAGAGGAGAAAACGUGCCCCUUAAGGUCAUCCGAUUGAUCGACCCUCAGGUGGAUGAGAACCAAGUACUGAGUUCCCUCCUGCCUUUCUUGAAGGCCCGCUAUCAGACCAGACCCAUGAUAUUCCACUUUGAUGUGACCUCUUCGGUGCAGACCGGACUUUGGGUGUUCAUUUUCAGACUCCUCAUCCUGCAGUACUUAAUGGAUAUAAAUGGGAAAAUGUGGCUCCGGAACCCGUGCCAUUUAUACAUCAUUGAAAUCCUGGAAAGGACCCCAGCAAUGCUCAAGACGCCUUCCAAACGGAGUACGCACGGCCCCCAGUUCAGUUUUCUCGACAUCUUCCCAAGAGUCACCUGCCGGCCUCCCAAGGAAGUGAUCGAUAUGGAGCUGAAUCCCGAGGAGAACUCCAGAGAUCCGGGGAUGGACCAGGGCGUGUUCCAAAGCGAGACUUUCCAGAGGCCUUACCAGUAUCUGAGACGGUUCCACCAGAAAGAAAACCUGGACUCGUUCCUGUACCAAGAAGGCUGUGUGGAAGGCACCCCUACGGAAUGCCUGCAGUAUUUCCUGAUCUACUGCGGGGUGAUAGAUCCAUCGUGGUCAGAGCUCCGGAACUUUGCCGGGUUCCUCAAUUACCAGCUCCGAGAUUGCGAGGGUUCCCUCUUCUGCAACCCAGACGUAACUGGAGACACGCUGGGGGGCUUCAAGAACUUUGUGGUCACCUUCAUGAUCUUCAUGGCAAGAGAUUUCGCCACACCAACCCUUCACACGUCCGACCAAAGCCCCGGGAGGUACGCGGUCCCCAUGGAUGGGGUCAGGGAAGAAGAUCUCGCCCCUUUCACUCUCCGGAGGAGGUGGGAGUCCGAGCCUCACCCGUACGUGUUCUUCAACGGCGACCACACGUCCAUGACAUUCAUAGGCUUCCACAUCCAGCCCAACCAGAACGGCAGCCUUGACGCGGUGGAUCUCUCCAGCAGGACAGUCAUCAAGAAAGACGUCAUGGCGAUGGAACUGUACCGGGGGCUGUCACUCCAGAGGGUGCCCUUCAACGUUGACUUUGACCAGCUGCCCAGGCAUGAGAAACUGGAAAGGCUGUGCCUGGCAUUAGGGAUCCAGUGGCCCACGGACCCCGAUGAAACCUAUGAGCUCACCAUGGACAACAUGCUUAAGAUCCUUGCCAUCGAGAUGCGGUUCCGGUGUGGGAUCCCCGUUAUCAUCAUGGGGGAGACCGGCUGCGGGAAAACCAGACUCAUUAAGUUCCUCAGCGACCUGCGGCGUGGGAGCACCCAAGCUGAAACCAUGAAGUUGGUCAAGGUCCACGGAGGAACGACGGCAGAGAUGAUCUACUCCAAAGUCCGGGAGGCCGAGGAACUCGCUGUCUUCAACAAGGAGCAGCAUCAGCUGGGCACCAUCUUGUUUUUCGAUGAAGCCAACACAACGGAAGCCAUAAGCUGCAUCAAGGAAGUCCUGUGCGAUCGUACCGUGAACGGCCAGCCCCUGGCCAAGGACUCGGGCCUGCACAUCAUAGCCGCCUGCAACCCUUACCGGAAGCACUCGCAGGAGAUGAUCAGCCGUUUGGAGGCGGCCGGUUUGGGGUACAGGGUCCGCUCGGAGGACACGGCGGAGAAGCUUGGCUCCACCCCUCUCCGGCAGCUGGUGUACCGGGUCCACGCUCUGCCGCCGAGCCUCAUCCCCCUGGUGUGGGACUUCGGCCAGCUGAAUAACACCGCCGAGAAGCUCUAUAUCCAGCAGAUCGUGCAGAGGACGGUGGACUCCGUCGGGGUGGACGAAGCCCAGAUCCGGGCCAUCACGGAGGUGCUUUCCGCCUCGCAGAGCUUCAUGAGGAAGAGAGGAAACGAGUGUGGCUUUGUCAGCCUCAGGGACGUGGAGCGCUGUGUCCGAGUCUUCAUGUGGUUUUGCGAGCACCGCGUGAUGCUCCUGUCCCAGCUGCACGCCUUCCUCUGCAGGGCCAACGUGGACCAAAGCGGCUUCGAGAGAGAUCCCGUCCUCUGGUCCCUGGUGCUGGCCCUCGGGGUGUGCUAUCACGCCUCCUUAGAACAGAAGGAGUCCUAUUGGAAGACCAUCUGCAGGCUCUUUCCGGAACCCUACAGCGACAGCAAGGUCGUCCUGGAGGAGAUCACUCGAACGCAGGAUCUCUUCCUGGAUGGCGUGUCUUUGCGCAAAACCAUCGCCAGGAACUCGGCUUUGAAAGAGAACGUCUUCAUGAUGGUCAUCUGCAUCGAGCUGAAGAUUCCUCUCUUCCUGGUGGGGAAGCCCGGCAGCUCUAAAUCUCUUGCCAAGACCAUUGUGGCGGAUGCCAUGCAAGGCCCGGCGGCCCACUCAGACCUCUUCCGCAACCUGAAGCAGGUCCACCUGGUGUCGUUCCAGUGCAGCCCCCACUCCACCCCGCAGGGCAUCAUAAGCACCUUCAAGCAGUGCGCCCGCUUCCAGCAGGGCAAGGACCUGCAGGAGUACGUGUCCGUGGUGGUGUUGGACGAGGUGGGGCUGGCCGAGGACUCGCCCAAGAUGCCCCUGAAGGCGCUGCACCCGCUGCUGGAGUACGGCUGCAUCGAAGACCAUCCUGCCCCCCACCAAAAGGUUGGCUUCGUAGGCAUUUCCAACUGGGCCCUGGACCCCGCCAAGAUGAACCGGGGCAUCUUUGUGUCGCGCGGCAGUCCCAGCAAGAAGGAGCUCAUGGAGAGCGCCAAGGGUAUCUGCUCCUCGGAGCCCCUGGUUCAACAGAGAGUGCAGGGCUUCUUUGCGCCCUUUGCCAGAGCCUAUGAAACGGUGUGCAGGAAGCAAGACAAGGAGUUCUUCGGGCUCCGCGACUACUACAGCCUCAUCAAGAUGGUCUUCGCCAGGGCGAAGGCUUCUGAUAAAGAGCCUUCCCCGCAAGACAUCGCGCAGGCCGUCCUCCGCAACUUCAGCGGCAAAGACGACAUCCACGCGCUGGACAUUUUUAUGGCCGCCUUGCCCGAGGCGAAGUGCUCAGAGGCGGUCAGCACCAUACAGCUGAUCGAGCAGAACAUGUGCGGCCGCCUCCAGAAGGCGGCGGGCGGGGAGCCGGACGAGGCCGAGUCCCGCUACCUGCUCGUGCUGACCAGAAACUACGCGGCCCUCCAGGUCCUGCAGCAAAUGUUCUUCAGGGACGACCAGCAGCCGGAGAUCAUUUUCGGCUCCAGCUUUCCCCGGGACCAGGAGUACACCCAGAUCUGCAGGAACAUCAACCGGGUGAAGAUCUGCAUGGAGACCGGCAAGACGGUGGUGCUGCUCAACCUCCAGAGCCUCUACGAGAGCCUGUACGACGCGCUCAACCAGUACUACGUCUACCUGGGAGGCCAGAAGUACGUGGACCUCGGGCUGGGGACCCAUCGGGUCAAGUGCCGGGUCCACCCCGACUUCCGGUUGAUCGUCAUCGAGGAGAAAGACGUCGUCUACAAACAGUUCCCCAUCCCUCUCAUCAACCGGCUGGAGAAGCACUACCUGGACAUCAACACCGUUCUGGAGAAAUGGCAGAGAAGGGUCGUGGAGGAGCUCAAGGCCUGGGUGGAGAGGUUCGUGGAUGUGAAAGCUCCGCACUUUGCAGGCGGACACAGAUACAGCCCUUCCGAAGUCUUCGUCGGGUACCACUCGGACGCUUGUGCCUCUGUGGUGCUGCAGGUCACGGAGAGGCUAGGCCGCGGGGCCUUGACCGACGAACUUUACCAGAGGGUGUGCGAGGAGGCCAAGUCGAUACUGCUGGGCUGUGCCACGCCGGACGCCGUGGUCCGCCUGGGCGCUUCCUCCCUGGGCCUGUUCACCGCCCAGGCGCUGUCUCGGGAGUACUAUCACACGCAGCAGCACAGCUCCUUUGCGGACUUCCUCCGGGCCCAGCUGCGCACGGCGGACCCCGAGCACCACCUGGAACGCCGCAUCGUCUUCACGGAGAUCACCACUUUCUCCAGACUGCUGACCAACCGUGACUGCGAAGUUUUGCAAUCAGAAGGAGGGGACGGAGCUCUGAAGCCCAUGAUCCUGUCUCUGCAGCAGUUUGACACCGAGGGCUCAUUCCUCAGAGAAGUCCAAAACUGCUUAACUGAUGCAGCCAGGUGUAAAAUCCUCAUUAUCCAAACCAGUUUUGAAGACGGAGUCCACAGCGCUCAGCUCAUUGCCUCAGCUAAGUAUUCUGCUAUAAACGAAAUCAACAAGAUACAAGGGAAUCAGGGCUGCAUCUUGGUCUAUUUCAUCACGAAACUGUCCCGGAUAGAGAGUGGAGCGUCCUACGUGGGAUUCCACGGGGUGGAGACGGGACACGGGGCCGGUGACAGCCUGGAGGAACCGAUGGAAACCGAGGCUGUGGGGUCAGAGGAGGCGCCAGGGGUGGACCUGGGGACAGAAGGCUCGACGGCGACGGGCAACGCUGAGCAGGGCGGAAGCCAUAUCAUGGACACCACCAGCCUGCUGAGGAGCUGCAUACAGAGUGCCGUGGGCACGCUCCGCGACCAGGAUGGCCGCCAGCGCAGCAUGCGGAGAGUGGAGAUCCUUCUCGGCCUCCUAGACGAGGACGACGACGACGAGGUCAAAGCCGCGUUCUUGCGGGCAUCCAAGGCGCGCCUCUACAUGCUCCUAAAGCAGCAGGAAGACCAGUCCCUGUUCAACAUGAAGGAGUGGGUGACCCGGGAGGCCUCGAAUCAGGACGCUCUGCAGGAGGCAGGCACAUUCAGUUUCCUCUUUGGCUAUCAGGGGCUUCGCUUUUGGAGUGUGGGUGAACAAAGAAUAUUCGAGUACGUAGGAUCCUGGAUCUCGAGUGGAAACACUUACUUAGACGACCGGGCACUGUCGACCCUGAGGGAAAGGGUCGCCUCCGACACGCCAGGUUCUGUGUCGAAGGUGGACGGCGAGGAGAGAGCUAAGAGUGAGGUGCCCUACAUCAUGGUGCAGAACUACAUGACCCUUCCGGAGGACAUCUCCAACGACGUCCCGUUUGGCUGGAGAAUCAAAGGGUAUCUGGAGGAGCUGUGGGUCCAGGCUCAGUACAUCACCGGAGCUGAAGGACUGUUGAAGAAGUUAGUGGAAAUCUUUCAGCAGACCUCUCUGGGCAGGUUUCUCGCUCAGCUCAGCGCAGAACAGCAGGAAGAACUCUUUGUAUGCUACAUAAAGGACUUCCUCCUCUUGACGAUGAGAGUGUCCACGUGGGAAGAACUGAGGAUUUUGCAGGUGGCGCUGUGGUCCUGCAUCUGUCAGCUGCAAGCACAGAGGCCACAGGAAAGGUUCUCCUUACCGUGGGUGCACGUGGCUUAUCAGCAUUUCCGGAGCCGGCUGCAGAACUUUUCCCGAAUCGUGACCACCUACCCCCAAGUCCUACAGAUGUUACUCUACAACGUCGUGGGAACCGUAAGGAACGACAGACUGGACGGACCCGAGCUGACUCUGGAUGCAUUUGCAGCGAUGGCCUGCACGGAGAUGCUGACAAGAGACAUCCUGAAGCCCAGCCCCCAGGCUUGGCUGCAGAUGGUGAAGAACCUGUCCAUGCCGCUAGAGCUCCUGUGCUCGGACGGGUACCUGCAGACCUGCGGGGAGAUGGCCAGAGAUGUCAUCAGGGAGGUCAGAACCCAGUGGAACCGCAUUUUCCCCGUGGCCCUGUUCGUGGAGCACGUGCUCCUGGGGAUCGAGAGCCAGAUCCCCGAGCUGUGCGAGCUGGUGACCGAGUAUGUCUUCCUACUGAACAAGUGUCUGCAGGAGAACUCCGACAUCAAGACGUACCGGCCCUUCGUUGCCGUGAUGGUCACUCUUCGUAAGUGUAAGGACCAGGUCUGCAAGACCCUCGCCAGGGUUGAGAUUCAGCCGUGCCCUGUCUGCCUGGGAGACCCACAGGACCCGGUGUGCCUGCCCUGUGACCACGUAUUCUGCUUGGCCUGCGUCAAGGUCUGGGUCAUCAUAGGCCAGAUGAGAUGUCCUUUGUGUUUAACAGACUUGCCAGAAAGCUUCUCUCCAGCGGUGUCCCAAGAGCACAGGAAUGCCAUCAGGAAGCACGCCUGUAUCCGGCAGAUGUGUAACAGUUUCUUCAUAGAUCUGGUCUCCACCAUAUGCUUCAAGGAUAAUUCCCCACCAGAGAAGGAGGUGAUCGAUGUUCUGCUAAAUUUACUCUUCGCGCAAAAGGAGCUCUUAAGAGGUACCUUCCAAAGGCACCGUGAACACACAAAAUCUCUCUCCCCCUUCGAUGAUGUUGUGGAUAAGACCCCUGUCAUCCGUUCGGUGGUGCUGAAACUGCUUUUGAAGUACAGCUUCCAAGAAGUGAAAGAUUACAUCCAGGCUUACUUGUCCCUUUUGGAGAAGAAAGCGUUCUUGACUGAAGAUAAAACUGAGCUGUACAUCCUCUUUAGCACCUGCCUGGAGGAUUCCAUGUACGAGAAGGUUAGCGCCCUCUCUACCAGCGAGAGCCAGAAAUGCCUGAGAGAGGACGGGGUGUUCCUGGAGACCUACUCGGCACGGCGCGGCCCCGAGCCUGCCAGCGAGGCCUCGGUAGACCACCUACAGGAGAUGGCCAGGAUCCGCCUCUGUCUCAACAGGGCCUCUGACUUCCUCUCCGGGCUCCGGGAGGGCUCAGAGGCGGCCGAGGACAAGCAGCGCUACCUUCAGCAGGUGGAACGCUUCUGCAGGCAGGUCACGAACGACUGGUACCGGGUGUACCUGGUGCGGAAACUCGCCAGCGAGCGGGGGAUCGAGUUCGUGCAGCGCCUCUCCAGGCCGGGCCACCCGGCGCGGUGGGUGUUUCCCCAGGCGGUCUUAGAGCAGCAGGAGGAUCACUCAAGCCAGAUGGACCGGUACCUGGUGCACGGUGACAAAUACAAGUCCCUUCGUGACGCGGUGGGCAAAGCCGUCCUCGAGUGCAAGCCCCUGGCUAUUGUGGCUGCUGUGAAGGUCUCCAGGAACCCCGGCCCUCAGCAGGCGGCCCACUUACUGUUAGCGCUUUUCAGAGAGGUCGCCACUUUGUACAGACUCCCUGAUGCAAACCUCCAUCCUAAGCCAGAGCAACGUGAGGCUCUCAACAGCUUCAUCGAGGAGAGCGAGGUCCUUUCUCAUCGGGAUGUCAAACUUUUCGCAACCUCCCUCGUGGCCGACACUCUGCCCUUGCUGAGCACGGGUGUCCGGGACAGCAGCCUCGAAGGCACGGUGGCAGAAUUGGCCGUCCACGUGGCCAUCCUCCUCCUGUGUGGACACAGCGAAGUCUUGGAACCCCUGAGGAAUCUGGCCUUCUCCCCGGCCACUAUGGCGAGCGCUUUUCUUCCAACGAUGCCAGAAGACUUGCUGGCUCAGGCUCAGAACUGGAAGGGUCUGGAAGGCCUGCAUUGGUACACCUACCUACCCCCCCUUCAGAGGAAGGAGCAGGUGCAGACCCCUGUCUGGACACGCGGCUCGGGGGCAGCGCAGGUGGCCGCUCGGGUCAGCCGCCUCACGCUGAGAAUGCCGCGGGCUGCCGGUCAGACGGGAAGAAACCACACAGACAGAACGCAGACUGGCCACGUGCUGGGAGUCGCGCUGGGCAGACGCGAGACGGUGGUGUCCGACCGACAGCUGGCCCCCGCGGUCUUCCUGCUCCUACGACUGCUCACCCACCUGGCCAUGCUCCUGGGGGCGGCCCAGAGUCCUGAGGCUGUGAUAAACAUCAUCAAGCCUCCGGUGAGGGACCCCAGAGGGUUUCUGCAGCAGCACAUCCAGCAGGACCUGGAGCAGUUGACGAGGACGCUGGGCAGGAGCGCCGACGAGGCCAUCAACGCCGUGCACCUCGUCCUGCGCAGCCUCCUGGGAAGGCAGCGCCACCCCUCCGGCCAGAGAAUGUUCAACUUCGAUGAGAGGCUGUCGUCCAGAGAGUUCCGAAACAGCUGGGAGAAGGCCAUGCAGACACUCAUUCUCCCUGAGCUGGAGCAUCAGCAUCUGGAGAAAGCACUGCUGACCGUCACCACCCAGAUCAGCCAGGACGAGCGGAUCAGCUCCAACCCCGUGGCCAGAAUCGUGUACGGUGACCCCGGGGCCUUCCUGCCUCACCUGCCCCAGAAGAGUGUGGUCCACUGCUCUAAGAUGUGGGCCUGCAGGAGGAGGGUCACGGUUGAGUAUCUGCAGCACGUCGUGGAGCAGAAUUCUAGCAAAGACACAGUGCCCAUACUCCGGAAGUUCCUGCAGAAGGAGGCAGAGCUGAGGCUGGUGAAAUCGCUGCCUGAGAUCUUGGCCCUGCAGAGGGAUCUAGUGAAGCAGUUCCAGAACGUUUCGGAAGCUGACUACCAGUCCAUCCGAGCUUUUAUCAGCAGUCACCACGAAGAUGGGUUGAAGCAGUUACUCCGCAAGAGAAUCCGUAUCUUUCUGUCGACGUGGAACAAGCUGAGGGUGUCACUGGAGACCAGUGGUGAAAUCAAGCUGCCCAAAGAAUACUGCGAUGCCGACCUGGACGAGGACACCGACUUCGAGGUCAUUCUGCCGCGUCGCCGGGGCCGGGGCCUCUGCUCCACUGCCUUAGUCAGCUAUUUGAUCAGGCUGCACAACGAAAUGGUCCACGCGGUAGGAGAGUUCUCCGGAGAAAACAACGGCUACACGGUCGAUGCCUCCGAGGUCACGGACCUGCACGUCAUCAGUUACGAAGUCGAGCGGGACCUCGUGCCCCUGAUCCUCUCCAACUGCCAGUACAGGGUGGAGCAGGGCCAGGAGACCCUGCAGGAGUUCGACCUGGAGAAGAUCCAGCGCCAGGUCACCGGCCGCUUCCUCCAGGGCAAACCCAGGCUCACGCUCAAGGGAAUCCCCACUCUGGUGCACAGACGUGACUGGAACUAUGAGCAUCUCUUUGCGGACAUCAAGAGCAAAAUGCCACAGAAACCCCUCCACAACGCGGCCAUCAGCGCCAUCUGCGGACAGCUGCAGUCCUACAGCGAUGCCUGUGAGGCCCUGUCGCUCAUAGAAGUCACUUUGGGGUUCCUGAGCACGGCUGGCGGCAACCCCAACAUGCCUUUGAACGUGUACGUCCAGGACGUGCUGCGCAUGGGCGAGCAGACAGCACUGGUUCUGAAGGCCUUACACCGAUGCCAGCUGAAGCACACGAUCGCACUGUGGCAGCUCCUGUCGGCCCACCGGUCGGAACAGCUGCUCCGUCUGCACAAGGAGCCCUUCAGGGAAAUCAGUGCCAGGUACAAAGUUGGUCUCAGCCCAGACAAUGCCAAGUGCCUUCGCACUUUCCUGAACCAGACUGACCUCGACUCCUUCCUCCUGGAGCUUCAUGAAAUGAUGAUCCUGAAACUGAAGAGCCUCCAGGCCGAGGGCAACUUCAACCCAGAGUGGAGCCUGAGAGACACUCUAGUAAGUUACAUGGAAACUAAAGAGGGUGAAAUUCCUCCUGAACUGGAAUUUCAGUUCCCAGAGGAGAUACUGCUGUGCAGCUGUGUCCCCGUGUGGAGAAUGGCCGCUGAACUGAAGCGAGGUCGGCAGGUGAGGUAG